GAAGAAGAAGCAGAAGAGGAAGGCCAUGGAUUCUUGCGGUGCCCAGGGACAAGUGGGAUCCUUCUCUUCCUCCUCAUUCCUCUCCUCUUCCUCGUCCUCCUCCUCGUCCGCCUCCUCCUCCUCGACCUCUUCCUUCAGGUGGCUCUCCAGCAUCGCCUCGAGGACCAAGUUGAUCUCCACCUUCAGAUGUGACCAGCGGACCAAGGUCCGGAGUUGGCGGCACAAAUAUGAGUUCCUGCUGAGCCUGGUGAAGGAGCCCGCCCGCCUACUGCCGCAGUCGCUGAGCAAGGAGCGCCAGAUGGUGGAGGCGAGGCGGCAGGGCUACAUGGUGGAGAGGGCGCUGCUGCUGGCCGACCUGGACGCGGGGGGAGACGCCAUGGGGGGCAGCAAGGGCAGGAGGCUCCGGGAGAACAGCCGCCCGGAACACCUGCGGUCCCUGUUCGAGCAGGUGGCCAGCCUCGACCACAUGCUGACCUCGCUGGAGAGUCAGAUCGAGGUGCUGACCGCCGUGCAGACCGCCGUGCCCAAGGACCUCACGGACACCUUCCAUGACUCCGGCACGAGUGGACAUGAGCCGGACAGUCUGGAAGCGAUACAGACGGUGGUGAGCGGCGGCGGCGGAGGAGGCGGACCACACCAGCAUCACCACCACCACCACCACCAUCACCACCAACACCACCAGAAGCACUCCAAGCCCACCACGAAGACCCCUGGUGGUGAUGGUGAGGAGGAGAACGAUGAUGGUGAUGAUGGUGACAGUGGUGGUGAUGGUGAGGAUAAGCGGGGAGGUGGCGGUGGUGGUGUGGUGUCCCCGACGGCGGCGCAGGGGGAGGUGCGGGCCAGCGACGCGGCGGUCCUCCUUCACCUGGAGCGCAGCAGCCACCGCCAGACCCGCCGCGCCCUGCAGGACACGAGGGAAAAGUACGAGAUGGUGCGGCGGGAACUGACGCAACGGGGCAUCCAACUGGAGGACGUGGAGGCUGUCAGGACGGUCGGCAGCGCCCUCGAGGACCUCCACAUCCAGCAGGAGCACAACCAGUCUUCCCUCGAGUCCCUCUCCUCCAUCGCCUCCUCCGACAGGCUGCUCGACGAACUGAAGGUACGCGAGAUGACGAUCAGUCAGCUGAGAACGCGUCUGCUGCAGCUGGAGAAGGACCGACUGGACAAGGUUCCCGUAGACGCUGCCAGAGAGAUCACCAGACUCAACAGCCUUUUGGUGGACAUGGAAAGAGCGAGGGACGAACUCACCCUACAGAACACCAGCCUCAAGACCCGCCUGUCGGAGCUCACGGCGAAAAUCCACGACCCGGCGGCGACCUACCAGAUCACGCGCGAGUCCUUGGCCUCCGACACCAACGCAACAACACCAACGAAGACGCGAGGCCCCGAUGACCCAGACGUGGCCAAGGUUCUCCGGAAGGCCACGUACAAGCUGACAGGGGACUCGCAGAAGCUGAGAACGAUGGUGCUGGAGAUGACGGCGAAGGAGGAGGAGUACAAGGCCAGGAUAGCGGCGUUGGAGGAGAAGUUGCUGAACCACGUGAACGAAGAUUCAGCCUCCGCCCGCGAGCACGAGAGGACGGUGAGGAGCCUGGAGCAUCAGUUGGAGUUGGCGUCGCAGAAGCUCGAGGCGGCGGGCAGGUACGCGACAGCCAAGGAGGAGGAGAGCAGCGUCCUCAAACUCGACCUCGACACGCUGAACGAGGAGAACCGACGCCUGAAGGGAAACCUCAACGACCUCAUCCUGAAGCAGAGGGAGUUGGAGGACCUGGCGCUGGAGAAGGCGGCGCUGGAGGACCAAUACAAGAGGUUGCUGGAGGAGAACCGAGUCUUGGCGGAGGACUUCAACCGAGAGAGAGUCUUAAGGAAGAAAUACUACAACCAGGUGGAGGAGAUGAAGGGCAAGAUCAGGGUGUUCUGCCGCGUGCGUCCCGUCAGCGAGAGCGAGGCGCGGCGCGGGGGCGGAGCGGCGGAGCGAGUGGUGGGCGCCGAGGACCACUUCACCGUGAACGUGGACUCGCAGCGGGGCCACAAGACCUUCCUCUUCGACCGGGUGUUCCAGGCGCACGAGAACCAGGAGGAGGUCUUCGCGGACACCAAUGCGCUCAUCCAGUCCACGCUCGACGGCUUCAACGUGACCAUCAUGGCUUACGGACAGACGGGCUCCGGCAAGACCUACACCAUGAUCGGCACGGAGGACCAGCCGGGCAUCGCUCCUCGGGCCUUCCAGCGGCUCUUCCAGCUGGUCGAGGCGGGGCGCUCCAGGCACAGCGUCCAGGCGUCCACUUUCAUGAUGGAGCUGUACAACGACAAGCUGAUAGACCUGCUCAGGCCCCCAGGCAGCUCGGAGAAUGAGAAGCUGGACAUCAAGAAGGACAAGAAGGGUAGCGUCCACGUGCAGGGAGCCACCGUGCGUAACGUGGCCUCGGCGGGGGAUCUCACGCGAGCCUUCCAGGACGGCCUCACCAACCGCCACACUGCAGCCACGAAGAUGAACGUCGAGAGCUCGCGUUCUCACCUCCUCAUCGUCGUCUGCCUCACCAUCACCUCCAAGCAGACCGGCGCCGUGCUCAAGGGAAAGCUGACCCUCGUGGACCUGGCGGGCAGCGAGCGGGUCAGCAAGAGCGGAGCCACGGCCGACCAGCUGCGCGAGGCCAACUCCAUCAACAAGUCUCUAUCGGCGCUCGGGGAUGUGGUCUCGGCGCUCUCCUCGGAGUCCUCCUUCGUCCCCUACAGGAACAGCAAACUGACGAUGCUGCUGCAGGACAGUCUGGGCGGCAACUCCAAGACGCUCGUGUUCGUCAACGUGUCGCCGGUCGCCCACAACGCCGACGAGACGCUGGUGUCCCUCAUGUACGCCUCGAGAAUCAAGCAGAUCACCAACAGCGUCAGCAGGAACUCAGACAACAAGGAGAUCUCGAGACUCAAGUCGAUCAUCAACAAGCUGAGGAAGGGCGAGGACCUGGACGACGAGAUCACUUGAAACAGGCCCAAGAGGGGAGGAUGUCUGCCCGUGGCCGUGUCCUCUGGCGGCUCGUCGGGCAGCCUCAGGAGUCGCUUCGCGGGCUGCAGACUCUGGCAGCGGCAGUAGAGCGGAAGACGCCAUCCAGACACGACCGUUUUGCCCUCAGACGAGACUAAUUUGGUGGUAUUUAAAAUGCGAAUAGCUUGUAUAGACAUCACUUCACCGGUCUGUGAGUAAGAAACGUUUAGACACGGACUUUUAAGCCAUUAUGAGGCUGCUUAUUUUUCACGGUUAAGUAGACAGAUUAAAGAAAAACAAACUUAUAAAUAACUCAUCAGUCUGCUCCUAAAAACAAUACCAGAGAUGUCAUAAAACGAUUAAUCAGUUUUAUUUAAUGCCCCAAGUGUCUUGUCACUCCCCUCUUGAAAGAAUAUAAGUCGUUGAAAUGAAGAAAUACACAAGAAAUGCUGUCCCAGAGUAUUGAAGCCAUGCAGUGAAAGGGAUGAAAGAGUGAAGAUGCUAGUUAACUCCUGCAUUAAUAAGUUGGACAGCAUAGGGAUGAACCUGAGUAGAAGGUCUUGGUGAAGAGGAGUAUAUAUAGUGAGGGUAACAGUACCCAUCUUAUCUGUGAGCUGUUAAAUAGUUCCUGGCGAGUGUUUGGUGAGCUCGGGAGGAAAGAUUUUGUCCAGUAUCUCACAACUGUUCUGAGCACCUUCGAAACCUCCCCCGAAAAGAGUAUGUUUGAUUAUCUUUUUCUUUAUUUGCUUGUGAGAAGUAAAAAAAGUUCCUGGCGAGUGUUUGGUGAGCUCGGGAGGAAAGAUCAUGUCCAGUAUCUCACAGCUGUUCUGAGCACCUUCGAAACCUCCCCC